GCGCCGGCCUGCGAGCUCCAGCGCUCGCCGAGGGAGGAAGAGCAGCGGCCGAAAGGCCUGAGUGACAAACAUGGGCGGCGGCGACCUGAACCUGAAGAAGAGCUGGCAUCCGCAAACUCUACGCAAUGUGGAAAAAGUCUGGAAAGCGGAACAGAAACAUGAAGCCGAGCGAAAGAAAAUUGAAGAGCUGCAGCGGGAGCUGCGUGAGGAGCGAGCACGAGAAGAAAUGCAGCGUUAUGCAGAAGAUGUGGGCGCUGUCAAGAAAAAAGAUGAAAAGUUGGACUGGAUGUACCAAGGGCCAGGGGGCAUGGUGAACAGAGAGGAAUACCUUAUGGGCCGCCCAGUUGACAAGUAUGUCUUCCAGACGAUGGAUGAUAAGGAAGCUGGCUGUUCCUCGGAGACUGGCCUUCUGCCAGGCUCAAUCUUUGCCCAAACAGGUGCCAACUCUGCCUUGGAUAUAGCCAGCAAAAUUCGAGAAGAUCCCCUUUUCAUGAUAAGGAAGAGAGAGGAAGAGAAGAAACGUGAAGUUCUGAACAACCCAGUAAAAAUGAAGAAGAUUAAAGAACUGUUGCAAAGCAGUUUGGAAAAAAAGGAAAAGAAGAAGAAGAGGAAAGAGAAGAAAAAGAAGCACAAGAAACAUAGACACCAUAGUCCUAGCAGCAGUGAAGAUGAACAGAGUAAAGCCAAGUACUAUGAGAAAACUGACAGUUUAUCCUUGGAGUCCCUCCAUCCCAAAAUAUCAGGCUAUGGUUUGCAGGUUCGUGGUGAUGGCCUUGACAGGAAGCUUUCCUACAAGCCUUCCAAAAGUUCUAGGUCAGAGAGCAAAUGCCUAUCACCACAGAAGUACAGUGACAAGACAAGCAAGUGUGAGGCAGAGUACAGAAGGCCAAGAUCACCUCUGGGUAACACUAAACAGCACAACAGUAAGGAGGAGAAGGCCAGAACUGCACGCAGGAGUCCUCUCUCUAAGAAAGAAGGCUACAGGAGACAGCAGGCCUCCGGGUAUACUAGAAAUCUCUCAGCUGAAGAACUGGAGCAGAAGCGGCAAGAAAUGAUGGCGAAUGCAAAGUGGCGGGAGGAGGAGAGAGCAAAUAACGUGAAGAAACAUCGGAAGGAAGAAGCACGGGAGAAGGAGCUGGAGAAGCUGGACAGGCGGGAUGGGAAGUUCAUACACCACAUAAAACUCGAGAGCGCGUCCACCUCCUCCCUUGAGGAAAGAGUAAAGAGGAAUAUUCACUCUAUCCAAAGGACACCAGCAGCCCUAGAAAAAAACUUCAUGCGAAGAUGAGCAUGCUUUCUCUUCCUUCACUGAGGACUUGCAUACUGUGGGUACUUUUUAUCCCUUGAGAGGAUGAGAAUGGGCUGGGGUGGAUGCUUUACCUCUCAGUGGAACAGGGAGCGAGGCCAUCUUUCCCUUCUCGUGAGGAGGUGUGGUGCACACUGAGUGUCCUAAAGGUCUGCGAUCCGACUCAGGGGCAGGUGUGAUAUGCUCCAUUCAAGCAGAUUUGACUUGGAGGGCUUGAUCUUGGUUUCCUCCACAACUCCACAGCCUCCACUAGCCCCUCCAUUCUUUCAUACUAUGUGCAUCCAUUGUGGGUGUCAUUAAUAAGAAGCAGGGUGUCAAAAAAAGGCUUUCCUUUUUUCUGGAGGAUGCCGGGAUGGUUUGUAAGAGGAAGGGCUAACCAACAAGGUUAUAUUUUAUUAGCUGAUACAUUUUCGCCACUUUUGUACAGAGCCCAACUUGCUUGGUCUUUGGAUAGGUCCAAACAUGCAGUGUGCACCUGUGCUUCUUAUGGCUUGUUGUGUUGAGUUCAUUUCUGUUCUUUGUCAUUUGUGUCACCCCAGUAACUAUGGGGCUUUUAAAUAAGACAUGCCACAUAACAACUGCUAUAUGAUCCAGAAUUUCCUUGUUUUGUAUCUAGAAGAGGGUCUAUUUUUAUUAAGACUUUAUAUGGGAUAUAUGCCUACUUCUGCUUUUGAAGUAGGCAAGCUUACUUUUCUGGAGAACGGCAAAAAGUGGUGUCUAACCAAAUUAAAUGUCAUUAAUGUGAUCUAAUGUGUGCGAUGGCACUGUGACAUGUAAAACUCUGAUGUUUGUAUAUUUGGUUGGCAUUAAACCUGUUUUUGAAGCAGGUUCUUAACAUCCUAGUGAUGAGUCUUCCUAAUAAGCAGCUUGUACUACAGGGGGUUUGAUAAUAGGGUGGGUUUCAGUGCAACUGGACAGAAAGGUGCAGGGCCUACAAAAACAUCACACGACCCACCCACCCCCCAUUUCCCUUGUUGGAAACCAGAUUUGGAAGUAGGCUCUUUUUUGGAGUGAAGAAGGGCGUAAUUAAAGCCUGAACCCAAAUGGGGCCUGUUGGGAAGGACAACCACCAUCCCCCAAAGCUUCCUGGAAAGGAUCUUGGGGUGUGUGAGGGUGUUCUCUUGCAGGAGCAUCCUUCUUUCUCAUGUGCACAUGGAAGACAAGAUGUGUUGGUGGCUGCUUUUCAAUUUUUGCCCCUGUGAUAUUUCAUACUCUUCUGGAAUUAUGUCCACUUUGUAAAGAGAGUUUUUGACACUAUGGGUCCAGUUUUCUAUUAGACAUUAAAAACACCUCUGCAUAUUUAA